UCAUGAGUGUCAGAACCUUCCUUAUUCUAAUGCUUAUUUAUCAUUACAGUUUCUUAUCGGCAAAUGUACGUCUGAAGUGCAGCAAACAAAAAUGACGUUUCUGCAAAUGAAGGCGCGAACAAGCGCUCGUUCUCGUUUUCUCUCCCAUUUCUCACACCACGUCGAUAUUGUUAUUCAGAAAAAUUAUCGAACGUGUUUAGCGUCAUUCGUGACGUGGCUUGAUAUUUAAUUCAGAAUUCAAAUGCUUAUUUAUCAUUACAAUUUCUUAUCGACAAAUGUAUGUCUGAAGUGCAGCAAACAAAAAUGGCGUUUCUGCAAAUCAAACCGCAAACGCUCGUUCUCGUUUUCUUUCCCAUUUCUCACACCACGUCGAUAUUGUUACGCACAAAAGUUAUCGAACGUGUUUGGCGUCAUUCGUGACGUGGCUUGAUAUUUAAUUCAGAAUUCCAAUGCUUAUUUAUCAUUACAACUUCUUAUCCACAUAUGUACGUCUGAAGUGCAGCAAACAAAAAUGGCGUUUCUGCAAAUGAAGGCGCGAACAAACGCUCGUUCUCUUUUUCUCUCCCAUUUCUCACACCACGUCGAUAUUGUUAUUCAGAAAAAUUAUCGAACGUGCUUAGCGUCAUUCGUGACGUGGCUUGAGAUAUAAUUCAGAAUUCUAAUGCUUAUUUAUCAUUACAAUUUCUUAUCGGCAAAUGUACGUCUGAGGUGCAGCAAACAAAAAUGGCGUUUCUGCAAAUCAAACCGCAAACAAGCGCUCGUUCUCGUUUUCUCUCCCAUUUCUCACACCACGUCGAUAUUGUUACGCACAAAAGUUAUCGAACAUGUUUGGCGGCAUUCGUGACGUGGCUUGAUAGCAAAAGAAGAGGGGAUCGAGGUCGUCCAGAGUCUGUUCAUGUUAAAGCAAGCCAAACUCUGUGGCUCUGUAGUAGGAAGUCAGUCCACACCAGUCGGACCAUAAAUUGACUAUACUCUCUAAGGGACCAUUUCUAAACACAUCUUUUCGAGUAUUUUUAGUUGCUUUUAGUCCUACGGUGAUAAGGAUGUUGCCGAGAAAUCGAGUGGUAGACCUUCUACGAGUCAUCUCGUCGCAGUCAUGCAAAUGUCCUGCCCAUGGAAAUCCUGGAAUAAAUUCGAAUCAUGUUCACGGUAGAGUUAACGUCACAACUGCGAGUCCGUCGACGUCCAAAGAUUACGCGUUUGAGAUGGCUUGUUCAACCAUAAGGUAUGGAAUCGGAGUGACAAAAGAACUUGGGAUGGAUUUAAACAAUAUGGGCGCGAAAAAAGUGUGCGUAAUGACCGACCCGAAUCUUUCGAAAUUGGCAGCCAUGAAGGACGCCAUGGACAGUCUGUCAAAGUAUGGUGUCAAUUUUGAAGUCUAUGACAGGGUCAGGGUGGAACCAACCGAGGAGAGCCUCCAGGAUGCCAUUGCAUUUGUCAAAAGAGGACAAUUUGACGCUUAUGUCGCGGUCGGAGGUGGGUCCACGAUGGACACCUGCAAAGCCGCUAAUCUAUACGCGAGCGACCCAGAAGCCGACUUCCUGGACUACGUUAACCCACCGAUCGGCAAAGGGAAGCCAGUCCGAAUCGGUCUGAAACCAUUGAUAGCAGUCCCGACAACUUCCGGUACGGGUUCCGAGACUACCGGAGUCUCGAUUUUCGAUUACAAGCCAUUAAAGGCGAAGACGGGGAUCGCGAACAGAGCCCUGAGGCCGACUCUUGGCAUCGUGGAUCCGAAACACACUCUCUCGUUGCCGGAAAGAGUCUGCGCCUUUUCGGGGUUUGAUGUCCUUUGCCACGCGUUGGAGUCCUUUACGGCUAUUCCCUAUACGGAGAGGACCCCAUGUCCCACGGACCCGAUCUUGAGACCGGCUUAUCAAGGCAGUAACCCCAUAAGCGAUGUGUGGGCACGCCAUUCCUUGGACGUCAUGAGGAGGUACUUCGAAAGGGCUGUUUAUGAUCCCGAAGACUUGGAAGCCAGGAGCAACAUGCAUCUGGCCAGCACUAUGGCUGGUGUUGGCUUUGGAAACGCUGGGGUGCAUCUCUGCCAUGGAUUGUCCUAUUCCAUUAGUGGAAAUGCACGAACUUUUCAGCCUAAGGGAUACAGCGACCAUCACCCUAUAAUUCCCCAUGGUCUUUCGGUGGUAAUAUCCGCACCAGCAGUUUUCGCAUUUACGGGAAAUGCAUGUCCAGAGAGGCACCUUGAAGCUGCAAAGCUUCUCGGCACGGAUGUUUCCAAUGCGAAGAAAAAUGACGCCGGGAAGAUCUUGGCAGAUACGGUGCGGAAAUAUAUGCAAACGAUGAAAAUUGAAAACGGGCUCCAGGAGCUCGGCUUCCAGAAAGAGGACAUCCCGACAUUAGUCAAGGGUACCUUACCUCAACACCGCAUCACCAGAUUGGCUCCACGAGAGCAAUCGGAAGAAGACUUGGCGAAACUCUUCGAGGACACCUUCAGGGUUUAUUAACCGAAUUAAUUCGUCAGCAAGCGAUCUACGGUAUCAUUCGUUCUUUUGUCAUCGAAAGAAUUUAUUGUUUUUCAAUCUUGAUAAAUUAUGGAAUAUGGAAUACGUUGGCUCGACGACAGCAAUCGGAAGAAGACUUGGCGAAACUCUUUGAGAACACCUUUAGGGUUUAUUAAUCGAAUUAAUUCGUCGGCAAGCGAUCUAUGGUAUCAUUUGUUCUUCCGUCAUCAGAAGAAUUUAUUGUUUUUUAAUCUUGAUAAAUUAUGGAACAUGAAAUACGUUGGCUCGACGAGAACAAUCGGAAGAAGACUUGGCAAAACUCUUUGAGGACACCUUCAGGGUUUAUUAAUCGAAUUAAUUCGUCACCAAGCGUUCUAUGGUAUCAUUUGUUCUUCCGUCAUCGGAAGAGUUUAUUAUUUUUUUAAUCUCGAUAAAUUAUGGAAUAAUUUUAUCUCAUGAUAAUUAUUUUUCUUCCAUUUGAAGCAUCAUCACCAGGCUGAUUUUCAGGAGUCUAUUCAAGAUCUUCCUUAAGCGUUUAUUAAUCUAACAAAAAUGUCAUUUAGUCAUCAAUGGCGCUAUUGAUCUUUCCAUCUUACACGAAGAAUUCAUCCUCCAGUUCUUGGCAAAUUAUGAAAGUCCUGUGAUAAUGGAGAUAAUUUGGUAAGCAUCAUCGGGUUGAUUAUGAGUCCGUGGAAAACUCACCGAGGCUCUUCAGGGUUUAUUAUUCGAAUAAAUACGCCAACGAGCAUUAGGUAGUAUCACUCCUUUCGUCGUACUUUAUCGCCACAUAAAAACAUGUUGCGCAACCUGAAAUACAAAGAUACGUUAUCAGCCGUCAACUGAGGCCGUAUCAUUAAUCCGAAUCCUAAGGCAAACCUAGAGAAGUGCAGGACUUAAUGUCUUGGUUGGAAAGAGCAAACGAUAUGCAAAUCAUGAACAUACAUCAGGAAACAUCGUUGAAUCUGAACACGUGGUCGUAUUUUUUAUCCGAAUCUUUCAAGAUGCACGCGAGCUGUAAGAUAAUGCUCGCCGUUAUCAUAGAGCUUCCAAAAGGACUAAACAGGAAAAAUUGUUAACGAGCCAGAAAUUAUUGCCAAAUGUCUCGGUAAUCAUAUUGGGCAUAUCGCAUUUUGAAAUGAUCUGGAUUAUCUUACGCUGUGUGGAAACAAGGCACGGUUCAUCACAGAAACAUCUUUUAUUUUUUAAAAUUAUGUAAAUAACAAAUAACGCAAACAAUCAUGCAAUCGCCAGAUAAUACGAACACGCGGCCAAACAUUCGGAGGAAAAAUUUAACAACUUAGAUAACAAAUUCGGGAAUACGGUCGGUCAUUUACAGAGAUGUUCUGCUCUUAAAUCGAAUAAUUGCAAUUGAUUGUUAUGUUAAAAAGCGUGCCGAUGCAAAUUGUCUGGCACACUGUGUAUAGCAACUUUUUAAGAUAUACAAAAUUUAAACAAGACGACACAUCAGUUUUGAUAAUCCAUCAUUGUAUCGACUAAUCAUAUGUUAAUAUCUCAGUUUAUAAAUUUUCCCAAUAGAAGUAUAAUGUCGAUGUGAAGAGAAACGUAAACAAUUUUUCUUAAAUUAUUAAUUAGCAAGAGUUCGAAAGAAGAGAAAGGAACUAACAGAGGUUCUUUCCCGAAAACACAUAACAGAUAACAUUCCCUUUCUUGCAAUUAUUUCCUGUCAAUUCGAUAAUAACAAAUUACGAACUUACGCUAAUAAUGUUAAAAAUCCUUAAUCUAUACAUAAUACACAAUAUAAACCUUUUCAAAAGACAUAAACAGAACUAUAAAAAAACUAGACAACAAAUUUCCAUCAGAAUAUCUACUAAUAACUAAAAACCACUUCCUAACAAUCAUAACAAAUUGGUCUUAACGACGUAAUUAUUAAUUCAUUCAUGACUCUCUUUCACUUAUCAACAUUCAAACGUUAUCCUUCCCUCUAAUUAUCUUUCAGUACAUUCUAUAUAUAACGAUAUAAUUUAUUCUUCGGUUUCGUAAGGAUUUGGAUUAUCUUCCGAUUUCAACAUUCGAAUUGUAUUUAGUCGCAAUAAAUUUAUCGCUUUUUUGCGACCAGUUUUGCUCCAAAGCACGUGGGCGGACGAACAUCCGGAAACCAUUCGAGCUUCCCUGGAAAAUAAAAAGAAUAUAUAUAUAAAAAUAAAAUGUAUACUGCGAUUACUUUUUA